AUGACCGACCAGGAUGUCACCACGCCACGUGAAACACUCAAAGCCCAGAUAGUGAAGGAGGCCAAGGGCCUGUAUUGCGUUCUGACACAGAAUAUUCAAGAUCUCCUGGACAGGCAGAUACAGCGUGAGGAUAAGCAGCCUUUCGACACUGGAGCAUAUAGCUACACCAAGUAUCACCCGAUGGAAGAGAUCUACCAGUGGAUGGAAGAAAUGAAGGAAAACUAUAAGGAGCUGGUGACACAGCACCUACUGGGGAUAACCUACCAGAAACGGCCAAUGUAUUAUCUGAAGAUCAGUAGAAGAUCUGAUAAACCCAAGAAGAUUAUCUGGAUGGAUUGCGGAAUUCACGCCAGGGAAUGGAUUGCUCCUGCUUUCUGCCAGUGGUUUGUGAAGGAGAUAUUACAGACCUACGCUGCAGAUCCUCAAACGGACCGAUUCCUCCAGCACAUUGACUUUUACAUUCUGCCAGUUCUGAAUAUUGAUGGUUAUGUUAAUUCCUGGACUACAGACCGCUUAUGGAGAAAAUCAAUGUCACCGUGUCAAAGCAGCACUUGUUUGGGCACUGAUCUCAACAGGAAUUUUAAUGUGGAAUGGUGCAGUAUUGGAGCUUCAAGAAACUGCUGUUCAAUCACUUACUGUGGUUCAGCACCUGAGUCUGAACCAGAGACCGUUGCAGUUGCUGCUUUUCUCCGUAAGCAUCUAAGUGAUGUACUGUGCUACCUGACCAUUCACUCCUACGGUCAAAAGAUCCUUACCCCUUACGGAUACAAAAACAUAACGCCCAACAACCACGAGGAAAUGAUGAAUGUUGGACGAAAGGCAGCUGAUGCGUUGUACCAGAAGCACGGGACAGAAUAUGAAGUGGGACCCUUAUCAGAGGUUCUCUACUAUGUUGCUGGCACGUCUUGUGACUGGGUAGCUGACCUUGGGAUCGACUUUCCAUACAUAUUUGAGCUCCGAGACAAUGGGACCUAUAACUUUGUCCUCCCAGAGGAUCAGAUCCAGCCAACCUGUGAGGAAACCAUGGCUGCUGUGAUGAUCAUCAUCGAACACGUACAUGACAAAUAUUUCCCGAACUCCACUUCGACCAUUCUAGCCCUGUGGUCCAGUGUGUUGGUCCCCAGCUUCUUAACCAUAUACUUUGUCAAAUAA